AUGUCGGCCGCUCAAGUCGCUCCCACCAUUCCCCCUCGUCCUGUUCGAGCCCAGCAAGCUGCUGCCCAUGGCGCCGGGAAGCUGCCUGAUAUCCCUCCGCGUCCCAUAAACAAGCGUCUCGAGCGUUCGGUUUCCCCCUCCAACUACCCUCGAUCCCCUCUGAACGAGCCAUGGUCCGCGAAUCUCACCCGUCAGAAGACCAAUGAGCAAACCUCCGCCGAGGGACUGCCCCGCCGUCCCAGCGUCCAGCACCUGCCAUCCCUUGGUCAAGAAGGCAUGGAAUACGGCGAGAUCAUGGACAUGGAAAUGGAGAUGCAGAUGGAUAAGGUGGAAACGAACCAGCAGCCUCCUGUCUCGGCUCUGGCUGCGGAUGCUGCGGCGCAGACUAGGAAUAUUGCCCAAGACCUCCAUUUGCAUGCUCCAAAGCCCUCCCUCCCCAAAUCAAGUGCGACUGCGCAGGUCCAGGCUGUCACCAGGACCGACUCGCAGCAGGCCGCUUCCCACGGCAUUGGGAAGCCGUCCACCCCCUCGCCAGAUGAAGCUGAAGGGCUGCAGCAAGUGAGGACUAGGUCAAGUUUCUCUCGGCCCUCGUCUACCAUCGCCGGCGAGCGUCGCCCCUCAGUCUUUGGAGAUGAAGAGUCGGGUCCUGCGGAAUUGGGUCUCCGCGUCCCCAUCAAUCCUCUCUUGGGUGACGUACAGGCCCCCUCUCCGGCUCCAGGUCUGAGUCCUGCUCAUACCGGAGCAAAUGGCGACAAGAGACGUCCCACACACUCACGAGCAAAAUCGAGCAGGGAGAUAUUCACUCCUCCUGGCAGCUAUGGUCUUCAUGGCCACGGCGUUGCUCCCCAGGACAAGUUUGAAAAGGACUGGUACGCCAAACACCCCGAGGUGGCCCAAAUCGAGGAAACCCUUGGGCAUGGAGUCUAUGAGAGCAUCGGGAGCGGCCGCGGCGCCUUUGCCUUGAGUAGUGAUGAUCUGAAUAAGAUUGUGCGGGAUACUGCCAGCCGCGGAGCAGGACUCGGAACGUCAGGAACAACCUAUUCAUAUCCUGAUGAACAGAUUGGGUAUCUGGCCUCAGAUAUCUACAUCUCAAGGUCCCAACAAACUACUCCCAACAGCCUCGCGAAGACGGUGACUAACAACUCCCAACCGGCUCUCGAGUCUCCGUUGAGAAAAGCUAGUUUCCCGGCGGACGAGACCAUCCCAGCUGAAGUCCGUCGCGGCCGCCUUUCGGUUUCCAGCAAGCAUGACGAUCAUGAUGCCCUUGAAAGUGAACAAGAGGGAGAAAUCCAUGUUCCGGCGGGUCGCCGUUUCAACAAGAUUACGGGCAGCGAAGAAACUCUGAAUGAAACGGCAGAAGCUCGGCUGUUUGGCCAGGAAGAUGAGUAUCUCCAGGAAUACGGCUACACCGUGCCCAUUCUGGCAGCGGACGAAGUCGCGAAGGAGGCAGGCAUGGAACACCUUCAGCCAGCAGUUUCUCCCAAACAGGAACGCCGUGGAAGUCUUGAGCCUGUGAGCGGUGACGUUACCCCAGGCUCACGCCCGCCGAGCAGACCCCCCAGCAUGUACAGUCUUCACAACCAUUCUCUAUCUCGAUUUAUUUCACAUCCCGAGGAACGAGAAACCAUGCACACUCCACUGGAAGAUGUACAUGAAUACGAACCUCUCUUCCCCGAAGAUGACGACAACAAGCCAAUCAAUUAUGCUGAACGAUUCAAGCCAAGACCCAACACUCUCAAGCAGCGAUUCCCUAGCCAAGACAUUUGGGAAGAUACACCAAGCAGUGCUCUUUAUUCCGCCACCGUCUCUACACCAGAUCUUCCUUCUAAGGUCGAGGAUGCGUCUGCUUCAAAGACAUUUGAACCUCCAGAACAGGAGGCAAGCCGAGAUGAAGAAGCAUCAGAGAAAGAGAAGGCUAAAUUAAUACUGAAAGAAGAAAAACUCGCGCAAUCCCGCUUUGCACCUCACCUACGUGACGACAUGCCGACUAGACCUGGAAUGGUACCUAGAUUUCCUAGCCAAGAUAUAUGGGAAGAUAGCCCUGACAGUCACCACCUUGUCACGACGAUCACCAACCUUCCAAGAGAUCAUGAGCCGGAACCGGAGACCUCACAAGAAACUCCACUUAAGCCAAACAUCCCUCCACGUCCUGCUAAGAACAGGUUAGGGGAAGGAGCAUCGUCUGCUCAGAUCGCGCCGAACGUGCCACCCCGACCAACCAAAGCACUUGGUUCUAUUCCUCCUUUAGGUCUUCCCCCGACUGACGGGACGAAGUCGAAGGAUGCCUCCCCGACGGAGCUUAAGAAAGUUCCAAGUAUCCCCGAUCGACCAAAGCCUCAAAUUCCAGCUCGCCCAGCAAAGAAACCUGCCGGAGAGAGCCUGACAAAGACUAUUUCCGGCGGUCCGACAGGGUCGGUUGAGCAGGAGAAGAUUUCGCCUCCCAUUGCCAAAGCUAAGCCACAAAUCCCUGCCAGACCUGGUGCAGGCAGUAAAAUUGCCAAUCUGAGAGGGAACUUUAUGAACGAUCUCAAUCAGAAACUAGGCUUGGGACCGCCUAAGGAGAAGGAGAAGGAAGCAGAGCCGGUGGUGGAAGAGGCGAAACCUCUGGAGGAUGCACGAAAGGGCAGAGCCCGAGGUCCUCAAAGACGGGCACCGGCCAAGUCUCCGGCUGCGGUGAAACCUAUGGGAUUCUCCAUGUUUGCACCGCGAUCGUUGUGGACUAUUGACGAUGUUGACGAGCUGAAUGUCACUCCAAGCGAACCGGCAGCACCUGCAUCCACAUUGAGAGCGGAAGACGAACCUUCUCAGCUAGAUGUUCCGGAGGCGGCCGAGCAGGUCAACAACUCCGUUCCAGCCGACACUACAGUUGAUGCAACGGAACCUGCCGAGGCAGAACCCAAGCUUGCAGAGGCAGGGGUAAAAGCUGAGGAUGAACCAGCACCGAUGGUGACCGAUUUAGCCAUGAACACUGCCGCAGAACUCGCAGACCCGGAACCCACGCUCGGGACGCCUAUAAAGGAAAAGUCUAAUCCCUUGAGUCGGAAUGAAUCAGCCGAGAAAGGCGACAAGGAAGGUGGAGAGGUUGACCUCUCUCAACGCACUACGGCAAGCAGUGAUCAGGUCUUGGGGUCAGAAUUGGAAAGAGAAGACCCCGAUCCAAACAUCGAUGCAAUUCCUGCAAGCAAGCAUACCACAGCAAGCACACUUGGAGAUACACUGCCCUUGGAGAAGAGCCAAGCCCCAGAAGAACAGAGGACGCUGAGAAACACAUUGCCGGAAGGAGAACCAGGAAAGCCCAGCAUGGAGGAGGUCUAG